CAGCCCCUGCCCGGGACUCGGGAGGGUCCAGGGAGCCCCGCGCCUAUGGACAGCGGCAGCGUGGGAUUCUCUGAGUGAUCAGCAUGAACCGCAAGAAGCUGCAGAAAUUGACAGACACCUUGACCAAAAACAGCAAGCACUUGUUUCGAGCUUUUGAUAAAGACAAUGAUGGCUCUGUAAGUGUAUCAGAGUGGAUUUAUGGAUUAUCAGUGUUUCUUCGGGGAAAUUUGGAAGAAAAAAUGAAAUAUUGCUUUGAAAUAUUUGAUUUGAAUGGUGAUGGAUUUAUUUCCAAGGAGGAAAUGUUCCACAUGUUGAAAAACAGCCUUCUCAAACAGCCUUCUGAAGAAGAUCCUGAUGAAGGAAUUAAAGAUUUGGUUGAAAUAACACUUAAAAAAAUGGACUAUGACCAUGAUGGGAAGUUGUCUUUCGCUGACUAUGAAGUAGCUGUAAGAGAAGAGACUCUUCUACUGGAAGCUUUUGGACCAUGUCUACCAGAUCCAAAGAGUCAGAUGGAAUUUGAAGCUCAGGUAUUCAAAGAUCCAAAUGAAUUCAAUGACAUGUAAUUACCUAAUGUUUGUGUUGUCUCAAGUAAGUAUAAAAGGAGGUACAUGCAUACUUAUUAUAAUUAAGCUCAGAGAGAUGAGUUUGCAUUUGGGAGGAAAUGAGAUGGCAUUCACUUCCAUGUGUCUUUUACAACACUUUAGGACUGAAAU